AUGGCUGACAACAAGCAAGCCCAAAUCACGCUCCACUGGCUCGAUGGCUCGCGCGCGCAGCGGAUUCUCUGGCUUCUGAUUGCCCUGGAUGUGCCGUACGAGCUGAAGAUCUACCACCGCAUCAAGGGCGUGUACGCGCCGCCGACGUUACAAAAAAUAUUUCCGCUAGGCAAGUCGCCGCUAGUGACAGUGCUGCCAGCGGGUGCGCCGGCUGACGCGGAGCCGCUGGUGCUGGCCGAGAGUGGUUUCAUCGUGGACUACCUAUGCUCGCACUUUGGCCAAGAGAGCAACCUGGUGCCGAAGCGCUGGCGUGACGGCUGCCAAGGCCAGCUCGGCGGCGAGACGGCAGCAUACCUGCGCUUCCAGUACCUGAUGUACUACGCUGAGGGCUCGCUGAUGCCGUAUCUGGUGUUUUACCUGGUGCUGUCGACCCUCAAGGGACCCACCGUUCCCUGGUUCGUGCGCCCCCUCACCAGCAGCAUAGCCAACCAGAUCAACAGCGCCUUCCUGCUGCCCAACAUCCGCAGCAACCUCCAGCUGAUGGAGACGUUUCUGGUGCAUCCGCCCGAGCCGGCCGACGGCCAGGGCUACAUCUGCGGCGACCACCUGACGGCGGCCGACAUCCUGCUGAGCUUCCCGCUGCUGGCGGCACGGUCGCGCUGCCAGGAUAUGGGGCCGUGGAACGGCGGCUCGGCCGAGGCAGAGUUUCCCGUCACGUUUGCGUAUCUGGACCGGCUGGAGAGGGAGCCGGGGUAUCAGAAGUCUAUUGCGAAGAUCGAGGAAGUGGAUGGCAAGUUUUCGGUCUUGACAACGGCCAGGGGACGCUGA